UUCCUGUACUAGUGUAUUAUUGCAGGGAGGAUGAUGUUUUAUUGGCGAGCCACCAAGGAGGAGGAGGAGCCCAACGUCUGGCAGGAACCCAGAAGAACGCCGUGGAAGAAGGGGGCGGAAGCUGCAAGUCUCAGUCUGCCGGGGAAGACGGAACAAGUGGAGCAACAAAAGCACAUUACUGCUCUGUGAGUUGUAGGACUGUGUCUGGAUCUGGGAGAGCUGACCAUUCUGGGCUUUUCCGACUGUCCGGCCCGAUCUGCAAAGAGAGCGUUCGCUACGGGGGCUGGAAACAGGGCGGGGCCACCCUCCGAACAGUGAUGGCGUCUUCUCGUCUGAAGGAGAAUCUGGAAUGUUCCGUCUGUCUGAACAUUUAUACGGAUCCUGUGACCCUGAAAUGCGGACACAACUUCUGCCGGGUCUGUAUUGAUAGCGUGCUGAACACACAGGAGGGGUCCGGAGGAUAUUCCUGUCCCGAAUGCAGAGAGGUCUUCCAGGAUCGGCCUGCACUGCACAGGAACAUAACACUGCGUAACAUAGUGGAGAAUUUCCUGUCCACCCAUCCAGAUCCGGAGGAGUCCGGGGUCUUCUGUACUUACUGUAUUCACACUCCUGUACCUGCCGCAAAAUCCUGUCGGAGGUGUGAAGCUUAUUUGUGUGACAAUCACCUGAGAGUCCACAGCAAGUCGCCAGAACACGUCUUAUGUGACCCCACCUCUUCCCUGGAGAACAGGAAGUGCUUAGUCCUCAAGAAGAUCCUGGAGUAUUACUGCACUGAGGACUCCUCCUGUAUCUGUGUGUCCUGCAGGCUGAAUGGAGAACAUCGGGGACACCAGGUGGAGGCUCUGGACGAGGCCUCUGAGAAAAGAGAGGAAAUCAUAAAUAACGCUGCACGAAAACUGAGGGAGGAGAUGGACAAUAUUGUCCAGAGUCUGCAGGAACACAGGAGGGAAGUACAAGGAAAAGCAGACGGUGAAACCAAGAGAGUCACCGACCUGUUCAGAGACCUUAUGAGGGAUCCACAGAAACCAGACACAGGGGACUUGUGUGAUACUGAGGAUGGAGAUGACGAGGAAUCAGACACAGCGGACAUGUGUCAUACUGAGGAUGGAGAUGAUGAGGACAAAGAGAGACACAAUAAACUCCUCCAUGAUGGAGGGGAUAUGGAUGUGGCGGGGGUCUCACACACAGGUUUAUCUGAGACUGUGACAGGAGUCACUUUGGGUGGGGGGUUUGUGCAUCUCAGCUUACCCUGUACCAUGUCUGGGGUAAAUGUAGAGAAAUAUCCAGGCACACAUGUCCAUCCAUGUUCUACUACAGAGGGCAGAGGUCACAUCAAUGCUGAACCAUUCAGUAGACAUCCCCACCCCACCCCCACCAUACAACCAUCCAGUAUACGUCGCCAACCCAACCCCACCAUACAACCAUCCAGUAAACGUCCCCAACCCUCCCCCACUAUACGAUACUCACAUUGCCAGGCUGAAGGACCAAAUAAUGGGGGUGUACAGCAAACAUCGGGGGUUACAGGCAUAUUACUGGAUGUGAGCACAGCUGCUAACGAUCUGGAGAUAUCAAGUGACAGGAAAACUGCCUCCUGGACAUUUCAUCGCCAUCCCGGCCCAGAAACACCGAAGAGAUUUCAGGAUUUUUCUCAGGUGAUGAGCCGACAGAGUUUCUCCUCAGGGCGACAUUCCUGGAUGGUGGAUGUUGGGAGAUCAGGUGAAUGGGGAGUCGGGAUGUGUUACCCUAGUAUAGACAGAGGUGGAGAUCAGUCACUGAUUGGAUAUAAUAAGAAGUCCUGGGCUGUGGGGAGGUGGUGCGAUCGGUACUUAGCAAUACACGACAGUAAGAAGACCCAAUUACCCAACAAAAUCUCCAGUUGCAGAGUCAGGAUAGAGCUGGAUUAUGAGGCCGGGCGGAUCUCCUUUUAUGAUCGGGGUGACCCGAUCCGACACCUCCGCACCAUCCACACCACCUUCACUGAGCCCCUCCAUGCUGUGUUAUAUGUAUGGGGAGUGGGAGGUGGUCUAGAGAUAUCAGGGGGGAACCCAAUGUGAGAAACCCACCUGAAUACUGGAGGUCUUCAUGGGGCGAAUAGUACGAGGCAGAGGACAACAUUACAAAGCUACAGGCUUCAGGAGCCAUCAUCUUCAUCCUAAACCUCACUUCACCACCUGGAGUGUCACUGACCAGGAGCAAGCAUACCUAUUACAUAUUUUGCAUAUCAAAAGUUUCUUUUUCUCUUUUUCAUUUUUUUGGAGACAUAUUACCGAAAGUAUUGGGACGCCACACCACAUUGAUGCCGUAAUUUAUGCAAAAGAAGCCCCGACCAAGUAUUGAGUGCAUACUAUACUGUACAUGGCCAUACGUUUCAGUAAGCCAACAUUUCUGUAUUAAAAAUCCUUUUUUUUUU